AUGAUUGAGUUUUUAGCCGAGGGCAGGAUAGAGGAGGAGCAACCGACGGAACCACCAUUUACUAAACUCUCGGAAAUCAGCCAUCGUUUGGAAUCGUUCUAUACGGAUCGUUUCGGCAAAGAUAUCGUGGAAGUCAUAAAGGAUUCCAAUAACAUUCAUGAUAAUGCCACACCGAACCGUUUACGCAGGGAUGGGAAGGCUCCCAUGGUGAACUCUGCAAGAGUCAAUCCAUAG